AUGUGGACCUCUGUGCUGCGUGCGCCGAUGUCCUUCUUCCAAGACACCCCUCAGGGCCGGAUUAUCAACCGCUUCUCAAAGGACAUGUCUGAAAUUGACAAGGAGGUGAUUUGGAACAUCAUCAACACCUUCGUGCCCGUGUUAGGGGUCGUUGGCAACUUUGCCAUGGUUGCUGGUAUUGCCUACUAUGCAGUCCUCGCCUUCCUGCCAGCCUUCUACUUCUACCACAAGCUGUGGAAGUAUUACAACAGGGCCGUCCUCGACGUGAAGCGCAUCUCCAAAGUCCAGGGCAGCCACGUGUACGACCAUUUCAACAACUUGUGUCGGGAGAAUGCCAUCAGUGUGGUCAGAGCUUUCAGGCAAGCUGAGCAGCAGUGUAGAAUGAGUGAUGGCUUCAUAGUGGACCAGCAAAGACCUGAUUACACGCAGUUGUUCCUCUCGGCAUGGUUUUCUCUUCGCAUCGAAAUGCUUGGCUCCAUCCUCACAUUGCUCGUGUCCGUGUUCAUCGCACUGGGCCAUCAGACGCUCGUGUCAGCUAGCACGGCGGCUCUGGUCUUGAACUUCGCCGGCGAGUGUGCCGGCAGCAUUGAGCAGCUCAUUGGGCAGGUUGCAGAAUUCAGCAUGGCCUUCAACUGCGUCGAGCGUGUGCGGCACUACGCUGAGGAGCUUCCGAGCGAGGCGGCCGUGGUGGCUGCCUCGCGGCCUCCUGCGGGAUGGCCGGACCGAGGCGUAUUGAAGGUGAAGAACCUUCAGUUGCGUUACAAGCCGCACCUGCCUCUGGUCUUGAAGGGCCUCAGCUUCAGCAUGAAGGAGGGCGAGCGCGUCGGCGUGGUAGGGCGGACUGGCGCGGGCAAGUCCUCGCUGCUUCUGGCUCUUCUUCGGAUCGCAGAGCCGGAGCUGGGCUCUUCCAUCGAACUGGAUGGUCAGGACAUCUUGCAGAUGGGCUUGCAGGACUUGAGGCGUGCGGUGGCGAUGAUACCACAGGAGCCAGUCCUCUUCCAGGAGACUCUCCGCUACAACUGCGAUCCCUUCGACCAGCACAGAGCAGAGGACAUCUGGGCUGCACUCGAAGAGGCCCAGUUGGCGCCGUGGGUUCGGCGACGUGGCGGCGAGGACGGACAGGCAGACCAAGCCGGAGAUGAGGUCGACAGUGGCUGCGAGGACAGAUGCAGCAGUCUGCCACCGGCACAGCUGCAAAAGUUGCUGUCGCUCGAGAUCAAGGAAAACGGGCAGAAUCUAUCGGCUGGUCAGCGGCAGAUGGUGGCCAUCGCGCGCGCCGUCUUGCGCAGCUCCAAGAUGGUGGUGCUGGAUGAAGCCACCGCGGCGGUUGAUGCUUCCACAGAUGAAGCUCUCCAGAAAGCCAUCCGCCGGUGCUUCACGGGCGCCUCAUCCCUCACCAUCGCACACCGUCUGCAGACCAUCAUCGACUGCGAGCGGAUUCUGGUCCUUGCUGAUGGUCAGAUUGCAGAGUUUGACUCGCCGCAAGUGCUGCGGGAGAAGGAGCAUGGAGUCUUCCGAAGCAUGCUGGACGAAGCUCUGACUUCUCCAUUUCCCCGCCUUGCAGGAUACUACCGCUCUCGUCCAGACGGGUUCUGCGACGUCUUCUGCACGCGAAAUGAGACCUGCUCCAACUUCGGAGACUGCACAGAGCGCGGUGAGUGUCAGUGCGACUUGUGGUACUUCGGGGACAGCUGUGACUGCAGCUGCAACAGCAGGGGCAUCUGCGUGGACGGAGCUUGCCGGUGUGAUGCUCGAUGGGAUGGCGACUUUUGUGAGACGCCGGGCAUCAACAUCUCAGCUGCCUUGGACGAGUGCACGAACUGCAGCACUCGGGGAAUUUGCGUCGAGGGUGGGGUCCACAGCAUUGGAGCACGUUCCGUGGAGUCCUCCUGCAGUCAGUGCCUGCCUCACUACUAUCCCGCCGAGGACGCCCGGAUCAUCCUCGGCUACCCGGAUCCGCCGGCACGGUUCGCACAGGAUCGAGAAGCUAAGUGUGGGCCGGGACCGCCGGCCCUGACGCAAAGGAUGCCUGGAGCCCGCCUCGCCAGCUUUGUUUCCCCUCCGUUGCUUAUUGCCCGGCUCGUCAGCUCUGUUUGCCUCCUGUUGCUGAUGUGCUUGGAUGUGAUGCUAGCUUGCGUUCCCCUGGCCCCGCCCCUCAAGUUCAUGCGCUGUCGUGCUAUGGUGCUGUUUGGGCUUCGUGGGCAGGAGUGGCAGAUUGUGGAGAUCGAUUGCGAAGAUGACGAAAACACGUCGGAAGAGAAUGACUCAAACGACACCAUGUCGAACGACACCAUGUCGCCGAUUGGCAUGCUAAAUGACUCCGACGACAGCGUCAAUGCCGCCAACAUGUCCAAUGUGCCCUUGGAAGACCUGUCAGGAGAGGACAAGCGCUGCUUCGCCAACGUCUCCGUCAAUGUCUCCUUGAACGUCACAGGCAGGAUGGUCAUUGAAGCGUGCUCUCGAGAAACCGCCGCGAUUGCCCAGAGAGCCGUUCCCAAAGACAUGCUCUGCAACUACUUUCAUUCGUGUUUGCUUGUGCUGCUUGCAGGCUUCUGCAAUCCAGCCACGACCUGCUCCGGCUUCGGAGUCUGCGACCCCAUCAGUCAGCUCUUCCUGUUGGUGUGUUUAGGGCAAAGGCAUCGAAUUGCAGAAUCUCGCAUGGUCGCAUCUCACUUCUUAGGUGCCGAGUGUCAAUGCGACAGCGAGCAUUUCAGCUCCGACUGCAGUGGUGUGGCUACAGCGGGGGCAACAGCUGCGCUCUACUGUGGCGGGGACAUUCAAGCACAUGGUACUUGUGCAGACUACUGCGAGACGCCCGGUGUGGGCCCCGUUGGCAAAUUGGGAGCUAGGUAUCCACCCGGAGAGUGCUUCCGGCGGUGCGAGGAGAACGUGGACUGCUUCGAAGGGUCCUGCGUCGGGCUGGCGCUGGAUUGUUGUGGUGCGCUUUCGGGUCCCACGGACAGCUGCGGCGGGAAAGGCUUCUGCGCGGACGAUGGCAGUUGCCUCUGCGACAUCAGGAACACCGGAGCCGAAUGUGCUGAUAGCACCGCUUACGAGCUCGCAGAACUUCAGUGCCCCGUGGCCUCAUUAGGUAUUAACGUGCAGAGCUUUUUCGGCGUUUGA